AUGCUCCUCCAGGAUACCGGCAGUCCAGCUUACCCUGACUGGCUUGCACUGGCGAUUGUCUUCACCUUACUCCUUCCGCUGCUAUCAUCGAGGACUGUGCGUUACCAGCCCAUCUGGUACAUCUCCUUAAUUGCUGCAAUCGAUGCCCUUUUCUCCUUACCUAACACGAAGUUGAAAAUCUUCGUGAUACUGUUCUUGUUCCGUUACGUACGACUCAUCGUCAACUUAACAGCCUUCUGCUUAUACAAACCCGUUGCUAUUCCCACCCAUCCAAGUCUAACGGCAAAAGAUGUCACGGUCAUCGUACCAACAGUGGCACCGUACGGAAAGGACUUCGAGGAAUGCAUCCAAUCAAUUCAAGCCAACGGACCUGCCAAGAUUGUCAUCGUUACUGCUGGACCGGGUAACUAUGAGAGGGCGAUUCAAAGCGUUGACAUGUCCUCAAACAUUCUGAUCAAACAUUGCCACGUUCAGAACAAGCGGGCACAGGUCUGUGAAGCUCUAGAAGACGAGGUACGAGAAGAGAGAGAGAACAAUGGAGUCUACUACACAGGAAUUGUCUACCACACAAAAAUUGUCUACCACACAGGAGUUGUCUACUGCACUGGAGUUGUCUACCACACAAAAAUUGUCUACCACACAGGAGUUGUACAUACUACCAUCACAGUGCUCUGCGAUGACCAUGUCUUCUGGCCUCGGAACUUCCUCCCCAGCAUCCUCGCCCCUUUCGAAGACCCAAACGUUGGCUGCGUCGGUACAAGCAAGCGAGUGCGCCGCACCGUCUCAAACUUCUCCUUGGCCGGCUUCUGGAACUUCCUCGGCUGUUUAUACCUCGAGCGACACAACUUCGAGAUCGCUGCCACCAAUGCCAUCGAUGGAGGCGUCUUCGUCAUCUCCGGCCGCACGUCGGCUCACCGCACGGAGAUUCUACAGCCGCAAUUAUUCCGCAACGGCUUUCUAAACGACUACAUCCUCUUCGGUCUCAUCGGCCCUCUAAAUGCCGACGAUGACAACUUUAUCACGCGCUGGAUGGUCGAGCACGGCUGGAAACUCAAGAUCCAGUACUCCGAGGACGCGUGUAUCGAAACCACGCUGGGAGAAUAUCCCAAAUUCCUCUCCCAAUGCAUGAGGUGGGCGCGUACGACCUGGCGUAGCAACCCCCUCAGCCUUCUAUCACGCCGAACCUGGACCACCCAGCCAUGGUCCAUCUACGCCGUCUAUCUCACCUCCUUCAUCAACUUCGCCCUCUUUUACGACGUCGCUCUCCUCACCACGCUCCGGAUCUACCUCACCGACCCGGCAAGCAGCCAUCCCGUCACGCCCUCCACCGGACUCCUGACCCUCUGCCUCUGGAUCCUGUGCUCCAAGCUCGUCAAACCCUGGCCGCAUUUCCGACGGCACCCCCGCGAUCUGGCCUACCUGCCCGGCUACAUCCUCUUCGGAUACUUCCAUUCACUCCUCAAGCUGUGGGCGCUGCUGACGUUUUGGAAUGUCGCGUGGGGAUCUCGACCGCUGGGUGAGGGGGAAGGAGGGGUGUCGGGGGGUGUGAACGGUGGGAUGGGUGGGGAUGUGAUCUCGGGGGAUGACGGAGAGGAAGGGGUGUCGGAGGGCGUGAAUGGUGGGACGGGUGGGGAUGCAGCUCGGAUGAUAGGGCAGGUGGAGGGGGGUGCGGGGGUGGGAAGGGAGGAGUUGGAGGGUAAGUGA